AUGGAGAUAUUAACAAAUAAUGAAAAUUAUUUAAGUGGGACAACUACUAAUAGUAGUUCUAGGCUUAUAAUUCAUAAGCUUGAACUAGAGAAUUUUAAAUCUUACGGUGGAAAAAAAAUUAUCGGACCCUUUCACAAGUCAUUUACUGCUAUUGUAGGCCCAAAUGGGAGUGGUAAAAGCAAUGUUAUAGAUGCAAUGCUUUUCGUUUUCGGCAAAAGAGCUCGCCAUAUGCGUUUAAACAAGGUUUCAGAUCUGGUACAUAAUUCCAAACAAUAUAGUAAUUGUGACAAAACCCGUGUCUCGGUUUACUUUCAAGAGAUUAUUGAUUCUUAUGAAAACGAAAAAGGUUACACAAUUGCUCCAAAUUCGGAGUUAGUUAUAACAAGGGAGGCAUUUCGGCAUAACGAACAGACUAAAUAUUAUAUAAAUGGUAAGUCCUCCUCUUAUAGUGAAGUCACAGGUCUCCUUAAUAAGAAAGGAACUGAUUUAGAACAUAACAGAUUUCUAAUAUUGCAAGGUGAAGUUGAGUUGAUUGCACAGAUGAAACCAAAAGCCUCAAAUCUGAAUGAAGAUGGUCUAUUGGAAUAUUUGGAAGAUGUUAUUGGUACAAAUAAAUUUAUCCCCGAAAUAGCAAGGUAUACUGAAGAAUUAGAGCAACUUAAUGAACUAAGACAGGAAACGCUAAAUAGGAUGAAGCUAGCUGAAAAGGAACUAAUAAAUUUAGAAACUCCAUAUAAUGUAGCUAUUGAGUUCUUUACUACAGAACGCGAAAUUUAUAUCAUGAAACUACUUUUGCUAACUCAAAAUAUAAAACAAUGCGUUAAUAAAAUAGAUGAGCUCCGGAAAGAACUUGAUACAUAUAUUGAUGCAAAAGAGAAAGUAGCUACUAGUAUAAAAGCCUUAGAAGAUGAGAAAGGGACCUUGGAAAGAGAAAGUGAAGCACUAGUAAAAAAAGUUAGACAGAGUCAGGACAAAAUUGAGCAGAAAGAUAGUGAAUUCAAACGUAUAAUAAUGCAGGAUGAAGAAGUAAGAGUAACUCUUAAACAUUCUCGUGAUCGACUUUCAAAACAAAAGGAACAAUUGGAGAAUGAGAAACGAACUAUCCCAGAACUUGAUAAACGAAGGAAAGAACUUGAAAGACUUAUAGUAGAAUGCAAGAAGCAGAUACCAAUUGAAGAAAAACAACUGGAAAUUGAGCAGGAUAAGUUAGACAAAUUGCAAAGAGAUUUUAAGGAUAACUUGGAGUCUAUUAGGAAAAGGAAGGAUAAUGCUGAAAAGGAACUUGCUCCAUUGAAAAGUGAAAUCUUGUCUUUGCAGCAGAAAUAUGAUAUGUUGCAAACAGAUAUUGAAUUACUUAAUGAUAAAAAGGAAAGAAAGUGCGAGAAAGAGAAAUUAAACAAAAAGAAUCAGAAUCACUCCAAAGAUAGGCUUGCAAAACUUGAUGAAGCUAAGCUCUUAUUUUCAAAGAAUUUAUCGAAAAAACAGGAAACUCUUCGGGCUAUAAAAAGAAAUAAUGAAGAACUGAAUGAAAAACUAAAAAUUUUGAGUUCUGAAAUAUUUCAGAAACAAAUUGAACUAGAGGAGGCAAGGAGUGCAUAUCAGAGCACUGAGAGUACUGAUAAAACAAUUAUUUCUAAGAUAGCAGCAAGAAAUACUAAACACUUGAUUUCAGAUGAAAUAAUGCGAUAUUUCUCAAAAAAAAAGAAAACCAGUAUAUAUGGUAGGCUUAGGGAUUUGGGGAGUAUAGAUAAUAAAUACCAAUUAGCAUUGAACUCCUCAACUUCUCAACUUGAUAACAUUGUGGUUAAUUCUACUGAAGAUGCACAGGAAGUUAUUGAAUUUAUUAGAUCUAAAAAUUUGGGACGUGUCACAUGCAUUAUAUUAGAUAAAAUAUCAUUGUCAAUAAGAAAAAGUAUGGAAAAAAAUACAAAGAUACAUGAAGGUGCUACUAGGAUAGUAGAUUUAAUUAAUGUAAAUGAUCCCAAAUACAAAAUUGCAUGGUAUUAUGCUUUACGUGACACUCUGAUAGCAGAAAAUCUAGAUCAUGCUAGUAGUAUUGCAUUUAACGGAAAACAGAGAUGCAGAGUGGUUACCGUAAAUGGAGAAGUUAUUGAUUCCAGUGGAACAUUAACUGGAGGUGGAAUAAAUACUACAACAUGCAAGCAAGGAAUAAAGUGCAACUUCAAACAAAAUCCCAAGGUUAUUUCAACAUUUGAAGAUAUCCAAAAUUUAGAGAAGCAACUCAGCGAACUUUUUGAAAAUCAGAGGCAGGUUAAGAAUGAAUAUAAGAAUAAGGAGGAAGAAAUGCAAAAUCUUACUAAUGAAAUAAGUGAAAUGAAUAUCUCUCUGGAAAAAAUAAUAUUGGAAUACACUUCGAUUUUAGGAUACAUUGGGCAGUCACAAAAAGAUGGAGAUCAUGGUGAUGAAGAGGAAGAAAGUAUAAAGUAUGACUUAGAACUUGAGAAACUCAUCCCAAUGACUAUAGAACUCAAUGAGCAAAUUGAUAAUAUUAAGAAUACUGCGAAAUGCAAACAAGAAGUAGUUGACCGACUUAAUGAAGAAAUGAAGAAUAUUGGUGGUCCUAGGAUGAAGAAACAAAUAGAAGUUGUUGAAGAGCUUUCUAAAAGUGUUCAAGAUCUCCAAACAGUUCUGAAUGGUUAUCAAGUUGAAAUUAAUAUGUCAGAGAAGAAACAGGAAAAGUUGCAACAAUCGAUAGAGCAGAUAAAUUUAAAGUGCCAAGAUCUAGGAGAAAAUAUUGAAGAUUUGCAAAAGGAGCUGAUUCAGUUGGAAGAAGUAGCAGUUAGAGUAAUGAAGGAGAAAUCUGACACUGAAGAGGGUCUAAAAAUAUACCAGGAUGAUUAUAAGGUAUUUCAGAAUAAAAGUGACCAACUUGAUGAACAAAUAAAAAAUUUGGAAAUUGAGAGAAUUGACUUUUCUAACAAGAUAUAUGAUGUCCAACAAGAAAUAAAUGAAGUUGAGUUAACUCAAAUCAAGGUAUUUCACAAGAGACUUUUGAAAUUACGUCAAGAUGCAUCAUCAAUACCCGAAAUACCAAAGACAAGAACAGAUACUGCGAACAAUCAAAUUAGUAGUGAAAUGUGUAAAGAUGAAACUUUUAAAUAUGACAUAGAUAAAAAUAAGGAUCAAGAUUUAGAAUAUAAAGAUUAUCUGAAAGACAAAAUACUGCGUGAAGAUUUAAAUGAAGAUGAAAUGAGAUACUUAAUGAAAUACAUAGAUGCACCUUCUAUAGAACGCAUAAAGUCUAAAAUCGAUUUUCUAGAGGUACAAUUACAAGUAUUAUAUGAUAAUAGGACAAAUAAGAAUUCAAAUAAGAUUCCUCGCCCUUCAGCAGAUAUAUUUAUUCAAUAUUCCAAUCAGUUAGAAGUACAUAGACAACGCAAUAGAGAAGUAGAAGAGGCUACAACAGCACGGGAUGAAUGCAAGAAACAAUUAGAUGCAUUGAAGUUACAUCGUCAUAUGGAUUUCAUGAACGGCUUUAAGAUUAUCUCUUCUCAAUUAAAAGAAAUAUACCAAAUGAUCACACUUGGUGGUGAUGCUGAGCUUGAAGUGAUUGAUAGUACUGAUCCCUUUGCCGAUGGAAUACUAUUCUCAGUUCGUCCACCAAAAAAGAGCUGGAGACCCAUUCAAAACCUAUCCGGAGGAGAGAAGACUUUAAGCUCACUUGCAUUGGUAUUUGCAUUACAUCAGUAUAGACCAUCACCAAUUUAUUUUAUGGAUGAAGUUGAUGCAGCAUUGGAUUUCCGCAAUGUUAGUAUUAUUGCAACUUUUAUCAAAGAAAAUACUAAAAAUGCCCAAUUCAUAGUUGUAUCACUGCGUAAUCAUAUGUUUGAAGUAGCAGAUAGGCUUGUUGGAAUUUAUAAGACGUAUGAUAUCACGAAGUCAGUAGCAAUUGAUCCAAGUUUAUAUUUCUUAUGCGAUAAACAAGACAAAACACAAACCCUAGCUCCAAACCAUAUAGAAUCAAUAUAUUAG